CUAUAAUUCCCAAGAGUCUCCACCUUUGGUAUGUACCCCUCCCUGCCGCUCUUUCGGUUCCGCCGUCUAACCCUACACCUCAGCGAGCUCACUCGUCGCGCCGCCGCCGAGGCGCCGACCCUCCGCGCUGCCAGCACUUGGAGCUCGCCAUACCCUUCCGCAGCUGCGACCAUGAUCAUCUCCAAGAAGAACCGCAAUGAGAUCUGCAAGUACCUCUUCCAAGAGGGGGUGCUAUACGCCAAGAAGGACUACAACCUGGAGAAACACCCACAGAUUGAUGUGCCUAACCUGCAGGUGAUCAAGCUCAUGCAGAGCUUCAAGUCUAAGGAAUACGUCAGGGAAACCUUCUCGUGGCAGCACUAUUACUGGUACCUCACCAAUGAUGGUAUUGAGCACCUGCGCAACUUCCUCAAUCUGCCAUCCGAGAUUGUGCCUGCAACGCUCAAGAAGUCUGCCAGGCCUCCUGGUCGCCCAUUCGGCUCUGGCCCACCUGGUGAUCGAUCAAGGGGCCCACCUCGUGACUUUGAUGGUGACAGGCCAAGGUUUGGUGACAGGGAUGGCUACCGUGGUGGUCCUCGUGCUGCUCCUGGUGACUUUGGUGGCGAGAAAGGCGGAGCUCCUGCAGAGUUCCAGCCAUCAUUCAGGAGCUCUGGUGCUAGACCUGCCUUUGGCCGUGGUGGUGGUGGUGGAUUUGGCGCUGGUCCAACCUCUUCCUCAAUGGAGUAAACUUCCACUAGUUUGGAUAUGAUGUUUCCCUUCACCUGGGGCGCUUAAUUUUGAUGAUGAUCAUUAUAUAGUAGUGAUGUCUGCUAGAUCAACCAGUCUCUACAGAUGCUCUUCAUACCUUAAGUACUAAAGUUUCUCAAACGUUGAAGUUCGUGUUAAUGCUAUCAAGUUUGAGCCAUCAAUCAUCUUUAGCUUCUCGUGUGAGUUUGA